AUGCCCGUCCACCUCAUCGCGUCUCGUCCUCUGGAACAGUACAAGUCGUUUCUCCCGUGGCGACCUCUGUCACAGCUGUAUCUCAAACUGAGAGUUCGGUUUGGUCGCCCGCCUCUAGGCCAUCUCACAUCUACGGUAUUAACUCUGAGAUUGGCUCUUCAACAAGUAUUGCUGGGCACAACCAGUAUGGCCAUGGUCAGGGGCAGCGACAGAAUCAACCAUGAGGAAGGGGGAUUGAAGGGUAUACCUGGUGGAAUGUUAAACAACGUGCCGUCUCUGGCAACAACUUUUGUUCUCAUCAUCUCGUCCAUCACACUUGUCGUUCAUGAGAUUUAUGUACUCUCUCCAGUUGUGCUACUCUACCUCCAGGCGGCGAUUCUUGCAUUGACUACCGUGUCUGCAACAACCAUGUGGAUGAAUUGCGUGGGGGAAGACGAUGCUAUGCUGAAGUGUGUCUUGAUAAGCUGCAGUGUCUUCUUUUUGGGAACUUCUGGACUUGCAUUUCUGAGAGCAGUUGUCAUCUGGAAGGUUACGGGUUCGGAUGAAUCUGAAGGGCUUGGACAAAUAAGGGCUGAUGGAGAGGUACAAGAGGAGAAUUAUGCAACGUUUUAG